AUGGCAGGAGAACUCAACCCCAGUUAUCAAUCUGUAUGGAGAAAGGACUCUUUCGUCGUAUCCACCAAUCGUGCUCUGAUCCCAGUGUCAACGCUUAACGACUGGUUCGCCUCUGACCACGUGUACUGGACAAAUGCUCUCCCGGAAAGAGUAUUGCAGGAAGCAUUGGACAACUCGCUCUGUUUCGGGCUUUAUGACCUUGGGGACGAAUGUGACAGCUUUAUAGACUCGCCCACCGACAAAAUUGAUGCGGCGCGUUUCAUAGGUUUCGCACGUUGUGUCACAGACUAUUCCACCCUUUUCUUCUUGACAGAUGUUCACGUCGUACCUGCAUACCAAGGUAAAGGUCUUGGUAGAUGGCUAGUCAGUUGCGUGCAAGAGGUAAUUGACUCAGCACAUAACCUGCGAAGGAGCUUGCUUCUUACCUCAGAUUGGGAGCGCUCUGUGCCAUUCUAUGAGGACAUUAUGGGCAUGACGGUACUAGAAUCCACGAAGGAAAAGAAGGGACCUGGAUUAGCCUUUUUACAUCGUCCAGGUAAGAAGUGA